AUGUUGAGGAUCCCCAAGGGGGUCUCCCCGGCUCCGGGGGGCUCCGCCCCGGCCGGACAGCACAAGCCUCCCCAGCCGCUGCAGAUCAAGAAGGCCCUGCCAGUGGUGAGCCCGGUGUGGACGCCCGACGUGCGCAGCCCGCAGGGGGGCCCGGUCCCGGUCAGCCACUUCACGCCAUUGUACCCACCGAUGGUGGCCGCCGUCGCCCCCGCCGCCUCGGGCAGCUGUCUGGACGCCACCCCGCAGGGGCCCGGGAUCCGCUCCGGCCGCGCCUCCGCCGGCCGGCUGCCGGGUUUCAAGGCCAAGAGGAAGUUGGAUCUGGAGGGGAUGGGACGGCAGGGACUCUCUGAGUUUCGGACCCCCAAGGGGAAGUGCAGAGGAGGAGAUGGCCUCCCAAGUCCCAAGACCCCCAAGUCCCCGGGUGAGAAAACAAGGUAUGAUACAUCCCUGGGGCUGCUCACCAAGAAGUUCAUUUACUUGCUGAGUGAGUCAAAGGAUGGGGUCCUGGACCUGAACUGGGCGGCCGAGGUGCUGGAAGUCCAGAAACGGCGCAUCUAUGACAUCACCAACGUGCUGGAGGGCAUCCAGCUCAUCCGGAAGAAGGCCAAGAACAACAUCCAGUGGGUAGGCAGGGGAAUGUUUGAAGACCCAGCUGGGCCCAGGAAGCAGCAGACCCUGGGGCAAGAAUUGAAGGAGCUGAGCAACACUGAGGGGAUCUUGGACCAGCUGAUUCAGAACUGCACUUUGGAUCUGAAGAACCUGACCGAGGAUGAGACCAACCAGAGAUUGGCCUAUGUAACCUACCAGGACAUCCGGGCUAUAGGAAAUUUCAAGGACCAGACGGUGAUUGCUGUGAAGGCCCCUCCUGAGACUCGCCUGGAAGUCCCGGACCUGAGGGAGGACAACCUGCAGAUUUACCUGAAGAGCACCAACGGACCCAUUGAGGUGUACCUGUGCCCGGAGGAGAAUAGAGAGGCAGGCAGCCCCUCCCAGGUGGCUGCCCACUCUGGCCCAGGCCCCUUCACUGGCCUGCCCAGCAGCCCCAGCAGCUCUUGCGGCCUGGAUCUCAUUGCACCCUCAGCCGUGGCUCUGAAGUGCCAGCCGUCCCAGGCCCUGCUGGAGGUGAACGAAGGCCUCCUGGACCUGCCCCACCCACUCCUGCAGCAGACGGAGGACCAGCUCCUGUCCUCGUCCCUGAGUGGCUCGCCUCUGGUCACCUUCUCCCCACCCCUGGAUGAGGAGGACUACCUGUGGGGCCUGGAUGGUGGGGAAGGGGUCAGUGACCUCUUUGAAUCCUACGAUCUGGGAGACCUACUGAGGAACUGAGUAUCCUCGGCUCUCCGCCUCUUCAUCAGCACCAGGCGCUCAGAGUGGCUGUUCUGGGCCUGGGGAGGUUGGAGGUUGGGGUCAGGGGAGCGUCCUUCCCCUUAGGCCCUCCAUAGCUCCCCAGUACCCUCCAGGAGUCAGACUCCAGUAGCAGCAAAGUUGGGGCAGCACCUGUUUGUGGGAUGGUGUUCAGGGCUUGGAUGGGGUGAGGCAGGGGUGGCAGGUUGCCUUCCCUCUAUGUCCUGCCUGGGGUAAGGACUGCUCUUUUUCCUUCUGAUCCCCAUCUCUGAUCAGUUCCCAGGUAACGCUUCUCUCCCUGGCUCCCCGGCUGGGUGGAGGGGCUCCUUCCUGGUGGGAACCCACUCCUCAGAGGGGUUUAGAUCCAAGUUAAUGGUGCUUUGGUGUGCCUCAGGGCUUUGGAACCCACGAUGCACUUAGUCAUUAUUCUAUUUAUUUGGGAUUUUCAGGUCUGAAUUGCUUCAAUAUUUUGCCCAAUUUCCCAGGGGUUGGUUCAGCAGGGAAAACAUUCAUUUCCCUGGUUUUUGUUUUCUUUUAAAGAAACAUAUACUUUCCCCAAUGUGGCCAGUCCCCUGCCUCCAUACCCCUGCCCCAACUCAACCACUUCCUGGGUGGCUCUAAUACCUUAGUGGGGAGGGCUGCA